AUGUUCGAUUGCCAAGUUGCAGCCUUCUUCCAACGUCAGCCAUACAUCAGCAAAGCGGAAAUGAUCAACGCUGCACUUCCAUGCUCAGAAACAUUCUGGAAUGCCUCGACAGCCUGGGCCUGGAAGGCAUUACUAGGACCGGCAGAUAUCCCACCAAGCACAUAUUUCUUGACGACUCUUACAACAAUUCUUCUAUACAACGAGACUACAGUUCUUCCAUUUCCGCCCUUGGAUGAAUUUUGUAGGACUCUCUACGCUUACGUCCUUCAUUCCCAUGUCUUCGAAUGGCGACAGACCAUUUGUAUGCUCAAUCCCACUGGACUUAUAAGCUCACCACUCUCACUGGCGCCACAAAACAUCGGGAGCUCUUUACAGGAGCGCCAAAGAUGGCUGGAGAUUUGCCUCGGAAACUGGAAUUCUAAUUACGGAAAUGGCAGCCAGAAUACUACCAACGACCGCAAAAGUUCGUCGGGUAUUCUCCUGUAUCAUCUGGCAAUGCUCGCGUUGCACAUCAACUUCUCAGAUCUACAUAUUGUCGCGGGGCGAUCUGGCUCUGAGGAUGAUAUCGGGCUAGCAGAGCAGUCUUUGCGAAACUGGCUUCAGAACGACAGGGCUCUGGUGAUUCUCAACCGCACUAUGCAGAUGCUAGACACGGCAUGGGACGCGAUUGCUGCCGGUGAUGCUCAGCGGAAUAGCUUUGAAUUGGCCAUAUGCCUUUUCAUGAGUGGGCUCACCUGCUGGGCGAUGUCACGAUUCGGGAGUCCCAACCUAAUGUUGGCUCUCCAACAGAGUGCUGUUCCCCUUUUCUCUAAAACACCCAGGGGAGAUGGCUAUAGAAGCAGGCACCAGGACGAGCAAACCCGCAAUGAUCCUGAAUCCCUUGCGGGAGAGUCUUCGCUGUUGUUCCAAGUUGCCGAUGCUCGUGACGGUCUACGCGCCUUGAAGUGUCAUCGGAUCGCAGUAGCAUUUGGGGAUAUUCUCGAUCGUUUUCUUCGGCCGCUUCAAUAG